GGUGUCUGUGCCGCGGGAAGGGGCGGAGGGGCGCGUGCGUUGCCAUGGAGAGCGGGGGAGAGGAGGGCGCGUGACGGCGGCGCCCCCCUUCUCCCGCCCGGCGUCGUCCAACGAAAAGAUACAGAAGACGAUGGUGAAAAAAAUCACUUUCUUGAGAAUGGGGCCUUUUUUUGCAUAAUUCCAACUUAAUUGUAGAACUUUCCAUCAAAGGAUAAUUUUUGAUUCCUGGGUCGUGACAGAUUAUUACCUGUUUGCAUUCAAUGGGACGACGAAUUCAUUUUGUGGUUGACCCUCAGGGUUGGUGCUGCAUGGGUCUGAUUAUCUUUGUCUGGCUGUACAACACAAUAUUUAUUCCGAAAGUCAUCCUUUUUCCUCACUAUGAAGAGGGACAUAUUUCAGUUCUUGCAAUUUUGUGUUAUUAUUUCUGCUCAUUGUUUUGUAUAGCUUCAUUACUAAGAGCCUCAGUUGCUGACCCAGGAAAGCUGCCUGAAAACCCAAAGAUACCGAUUACAGAACGAGAAUAUUGGGAAUUAUGUAACAAAUGCCAUAUGAUGAGACCAAAGCGUUCACACCAUUGCAGUCGUUGUGGACAUUGUGUGAGGAGAAUGGAUCACCACUGUCCAUGGAUUAAUAAUUGUGUUGGUGAAGACAAUCAUUGGCUGUUUUUACAGCUGUGUUUCUACACUCAGAUCCUUAGUUCAUAUACGCUCAUACUUGAUUUCUGCCAUUACUACUACUUUUUGCCUCUGAAAAAAGAAAAUUGGGAUGUUUUUGUAUUUAGACACGAACUUGCUCUCCUAAGAAUAUCUGCCUUCAUGGGUAUAAUAAUGUUAGGUGGAAUAAGUGGACUCUUUUACACUCAGCUUAUGGGUAUUUUCACUGACACUACAAGUAUAGAAAAAAUGUCAAACUGUUGUGAAGACAUAUCAAGGCCCCGAAAGCCAUGGCAGCAGACCUUCUCAGAAGUUUUUGGCACUCACUGGAAGAUCCUGUGGUUUAUUCCUUUCAGGCAGAGGCAACCACUGCGCGUUCCCUACCACUUUGCCAAUCACGUCUAAACAGAUGGAUGGUGGGCACAGAUGGGUCCUCCAUGCUGGAAGUGCAUUACAGGUUUUAUGAUAAUAGGACUAUGACAGUCUUCAAGUCAAUUAAAAUCCACCCACCAAUCGUAGGCACAACAGUGUGCUCCAGUCUUUAUUUUAAUAGUGGUCUUGAUUCUGUUCUGAGAUUAAUACAAGUUGUAUGUUUCAUGUAAGGUGUAUUUACUUCCAAAUUAGCUUUCCAAGGGGAUUUGUUUUGUAUUUGAGGUUAAUACCAAAACCAAAUGACUGGAAUGCAGUCUUACUCUAUUUGUUUCCUACUGGCUUUUUUUUUAUUUCGGUAGAAAACACUGAAGUUUACAUUGAUUGUUAGCUUUCCCACUAAGUGUCUUAUUUGGCCUUGAAUUUUUAUCUGUAGGUCUGUCUUGAUAAUAUUUAUGUAUUUUUUUCUGCUACAUGUAUUUAAAAUUCAUUGACACUGCCAUUUAUUUGUGACAUGCAAUAGUAAUCCUGUGUCACUGCACUAUAAAAGGUAACAUUUAAAAAUGAUGCAGAUUUGUUCCAAAACCCCAGAGAGAUUUAUAAAAAUACAUGUCAAUGUAUGUGUUUGUAUAGAGAAAUCAAACAUGUUACAGUUAUCUUUCUGCAUAGAUAUGAUCAUAGUGAAAAAUAUUCAUGUCUUUAAGUCAUCAAAGGCAAUGAUAUGUUCCAGGGUAAAGUAUGCAGAUAGAAAGCAUGUUUUCCAUAUAUCACAAGGAUUUCUUUGCAAUAAUUCAAUAAAGAAGUUGUAUGGUGCAAAUACUCAAAUGAUUACUUUUCUAAAAAUGUGCAUUUAAUUAGUUUGCAUGAUGUACCAUUAAAAAGGAUAUAUUGUCAAUAAAGUUAUAAAUUUUAUAUUUAGUUAUGAUUAGCU